CAAGAGAGCCCUAUCUGGUCCUCAAACGGCGUGUAAACAUACCUAGUUUUUGGGACAGUUCACCUGUUGUAUCCCAUCAACCACGAAAAGGAUAUAGAUGACAGGGCAACUAUUUAUAACAGAAACAUGAUAAGUACACUCGAAGACAGAUGAACAAGAAGAGGAAACGCCAGAGGAGCCAAGUGCAUUUCUGGGCGUCCAGGACCUGCCUGGAGGAGGAGGACGAGCCUGCGUGAUGUGAUGCCUUUUGGCCCUCGAGGAGCAGGAUCAUGAAGUCAAGGAGACGCAAGUGUGUGCUGCACGAGCUCAGAAGGAGGGAAUAUGGAGUCCCAUGUCCGUCAUGGACAAGCCUACAGGCUCUUCGUUAUUGUAUAUUUGGACCAAGAAGAAUGUGGAAACAGCUUUUGCAUGUAAAAGAAAAUUCGUCGAUAGAAUUUUGUGGGGAUCUUUUGUGGACAACAAAACCCUCAAAUGCAGAUGAAAGUGUUAUGCAAAGAAUUUGUGGUGAUGGACACCUUCUUCAGAUGUACAAAGCUGACCUCCACCCUCGACCAAAGGAAAUCAAGGUAUAUGAUGUACCAGAUCCAGUCUAUAGGUCUUCUGUUCCAGGACAAGAAUACCGGCCCGUAAUCUUUGCCCUCCGGAAAGGAAAUGUAUUGACACGGCAUGACCUGGAGAAAGGAACAGUUUUCAACCGCAUUCACCUGGGCCAGAUGCAGACCAAGACACUCUCAAUGAGCUUAAUGGAUGAUGUCCUCAUUGUCAAGUCACCCAAGCUCAAGAUUGAACCACAGACCGAGUACUUCUUUCACUUUAAAGUGUUUCAGAUGCAUCCCUUUGGACUUAUAGCUUCACUCAACAUUCAUGGAUCGGUAUUCCCAGACGAAGAGGACAAGAAGAAGUAUGGGAAGAUGCGUGAUGUGGAGAUUCAUGAAGGCCUCUUGCUUGUCCUUACUGAAAAGAGCUUUAGUUUGAUUUACAAUGCACAGGAAAUCAUCAGGAUGAAGAGCACAUCAAACGAUUUUCAGGUCAUCCCAGACAGUAUACCAUAUGCAAAGGAUAUGGUAUUAGAAGCACCUCCUCUCCUCUUUGCAGCUUAUACACACAUGGACAUUCUUGGUUUAGGUGCUUGUCCAUGGGCCUAUAUCAGAGCUGUGUCAGAUUGUCUGUUGCAAGUUCAUGAGCUUUCAUCAGGGGAGUUGCUGGAAGGUGGAAAAGUGAUGUGGGAAGACAGGAACGAGCAGCAAGUGUCUCCAGAUUACUUAAUGUUUCAUCCAGAUGAUUCAAACAAACUGAUUCAUAUUAGGACUUCAAAAAUCAGGAUUUUAGCCAUCAAGGAGAAGGAUGGCAAACGUUAUUUGGAGGAAGAAUUUACUUAUCCAGUAGAAAACAAGGAUAUGCAGAUUAAGGACGUUGCUAAGUACUCCCGUUCAGGGCGGCUUUUGAAAUCCAAGUUUGAAUGGGAUUAUUCACUGAACAGAGCGCUUGCCUUUAAUGUUGAGACAGAGUUGAGGAUUCUUGCCAUUCUAGAAGCUCAAAGAGAUGAAAACUGUCGUACACACCUGGUGAAGGUUACAUUCUAUGACAGUUACUCUUAUGAAUUCCUUGAUGAACUGGACGUCUCUGCCACGGUUGAUGGGGAUAUCGAGACCAACCGACUCAGUGUUCACAUGGACAGAGACAUCUUGAAUAUUGUUGUGUAUAAAGGGAACCAGUACACCAUCUUUUCUUACCGUCUGAAGGAAAAGAUGCAGACUGAGGAAAGUGCCCCCGACAAAUUGAAGGUUGUGAAGAAGGUAAGAGAGAGAGGUAUCUGUAAUAGGAGGUCUGUCAGCUAUGCAGAAAGGGACACUGAAAACAGUGAAAGUGGUAAUGUGAGAAGAAGACCAAGAGAACGGAGUAGAAGGGAAAGAACACAAGGAAGAAAGAGGAGAAGGAGGCGGGCACAAGAGGAAUCUAGUGAAAACGAGGCGGAGCAAGACUCUGAUGAAUGGGUACCAUAGUGCUACCUCUCGUAUGUGAUAAUAGUGUAAACCAUUGUAGGUAUCAUUAAAUUUCUCUUUUUUAUAUAUAUUUUGUUUUGUAUGAUUUUCCCUGGGUAAAAGAAAAGAGUAUAAGAUACCAAUAUUGAGGGUUUUUUUAGUUAUUUACUUUUUAUAGUGGCAUUACUCUGAACUACAGCUUUUCUUAUUUCACCGUAGGCAAGCUUUGUAUUUGCAUCAUGAAGUCACCAUGAUCUUAUAUCCAACUAUCACUGAAAUCACACUUGUUUUUCAAGCUCUCUGAAGUUAACCCUUUUAUCCUGGAAAGAAUUGAAAGUUCGCAUUCUAAUGUUCAACAAAGGAUUAUGCAUUAUGCAGUUGUGGUGCAUAUUAUCUACUUUGAUAUCAUAUUUAUUCCCAUGCAGCUAACCUUAUUCAUUCUAAUGAGAGUUCACGAAGAUAAAAAAGUCUCUAUACAUAAUUUUGUGAUUUGUACGGUAUCCAAAAGUUCAUUCCAAUUUGUAUUGAGUUCAUCAUGUUGCAAUUGAAGUAUUAUUUAUGCAAAACCACUUUCUCAGUAAUAUUGUUCAUUAUCUUUUUUAUGACUAAAAUUACCAGAAAUACUGUAUUUUCAAUUUUUUUUUUAUUCUGGUAAUAGUAAGAUAUAGAAUUAACAACAUAAUGUUAGGGAUUAUCAUGCAAACAUCUCUUUAACUGCAUUCCAUUUCUAGGAAGGUGACCUAUGCACAUUUUUAUAACUAUCCAAAGUACAGUUAAUACUGUAUUU